GGAUGCUCGCAGUUAUCGUAAAGCUUGCGAUCAUCCCUCACGAAAGCGUGACAUUAAGAUGCAUUCGACCGCGAAGAAUGUCCGCCCCGGGCAUAAUGUUGGUAUGCAAGCGUGAAAAAUUUAGUGGGCCGAGGGUGAGAAACACGCGGGCGUUUGGAAAUUUUUCGAGGGACAUUCCUCGCCGGGAUAUGCCGGAUAAUAAUUUCACCGGUCACGCGCGCAUUCACGUACGUUAUACAUACAUUCCGUGAGCGACUGACGGGGAAGAGUCUUCCAAGAUUAACGAUUCCGUGAAAUUUUCAAGCAGAUUCCGCGCCGAGGACGAGUCGCCCGGUCGGGGACGGUUAUCGAGCGAUCUGUUUUAUUUUUCAUGUAUUUCCGUUUAGCGCUGCAUCAGCGAAAUUUGGGUCGCGCGAAGCCGUUAAGUCUGCAGGUCGAUAAAAUUUUAAUAAAUGCUAAUUCGCGCCAGGCCCGACGUACGGGCCGAUAUCCACAAAAUUAAAUCGUCUACCUCCCGUGGAGAUCGCUUCAUUAUGAAACGCGCGCGGCCCUCUUAAAAAGGACGUUUGCCCUUUCACUCCGUUUACGCGGAAUUAAGUAGAGAGGGAGAGCCGAGAAGAAUAGACACGAGGGCGGUGUCCUCAACUUUGUCGGUGGUCCAAUCUUGGAACAUCGCUGUCAACCGUCUAGUUAGUCUUUACUUGGGAGAUCUGUUUUUACUGCUUUCUUCAUUCAUUCGGGAGGUCUUAAAAUAACACGUCGCGAAAACAAUCCUUUGUGCAAGCGUGUACUUGCUUAAACGAUUUAUAAUUCCCCCUCUCCCCCCGCCGAGUUUUAUACUCCGAAUGAUAUAAAAAUAAUUUUAAAAACUAUUUUAUUGUAAAAAAAAAAUACAAAGUUACGUAUAACGUAUAACAUGAUAAUCGUCCAAUACGUGUUUGUGUAGUAAUCGUAAAAAUUCCAUUUUAAAUCCCAUAUAAAAAUAUCAUUUAAUAUCAAUUUGCUUUUGUGCUUUGCAAAUAAAAUAAUUUAAAAUUACGAUGGAGUCAUAAAAUUCCACGAUGCAAUUUUAUUUCAAAAGGAAUAUUAAAUUUAUAUAUUUUUGUUAUCGCGUGUAAAUUCUAUCGAUUUCACAAGAAAACUGUUACGUCAAUUGCGAUACAAUUUUUCGCCGGGAAAUAAUUCGUGGCGGUAAUUAAAAAGUAAAAGUGAUAAAAAGGGAUGUGCCAUCCAUUCUUAUCACUUUGUGUACGCGUGUGUGUGUGUGUGUGUGAGAGACGAAAUAGUGUGGCGGCUAACAACCUGUACCUUACCAUUCGACAGUUAUGAAACUGGCGCACUGACAUGCUCACGGUAAGUUGUUCAAGCGAAAGCAUAAACGUGGGCGAAUGUAUUAUGGCUGCGUAAGAAGCACAAUGUUGUUCUAUAUGCGGAUGCACCGCGGGACCGCGAUCAACAUGCCACAAACAUCUGUACCGUAAGCGCAGAGAUAGACGAACGCCAAAGCCGUAAGGGGGUCGUCAACUAUGUACAUAAUUUCCAACUUCUGACUCUAUCCAUUCCUGGAACGGACGAUCCGGACCGCCCGGAAGCAGGAAAUCUCUCCGCGCCCAGCGCGCGCGGUCAACCCCAGAUAUAUGUUCACCUGACGCGCGCGAAUAGUACCGCGCAAUGGGAAUAGUCUCAUUUGUAUUUGUUUGUACGCUGCCUCAUUAAUAAAAUGGAUCGGCGGCAAAACAGAAAAUUGCUCGAAUCGCGAUACGGUGCCGUAAAAUCAGGCCGCGGCUAUCGUGUAGCUACAAUGAAAUAUAAAUGGCCUCGUUGUUCCAUUAAACAAUAUAUAGUAUAUAGACGAAAAGGAACAAAAAAAAAGUACUUCUAAACAACUAAAUAUUAAUCUAAUAUGCAGAUACAAUUAAUAAUUUGUUUGCUGGUAUUAAUCUAGCGCUUUUCUUAGUUCUUUUUUUCUCAAUAUUUAUUAAUUAACUUUAGAAGCGUAUACUUGUAACGUUUAGUUCAAAUUCGCAAUUCGAUUCUACAUUACAGAGAUGUGUUUUGAUUUUAUUUAUCGACUACACGUAUCGUAUAAUCGAUUGGCGAUCCUGCGCUCGGAUGAUCGUUCGUUGUCAUGACCGUGGCGACCUGAUUUGGCUUCGAUUCAACUUCAACGUGGCUACAAUUUGGCUUACACCCAUUUUUCGGCAGCAAACCGUCAAAAUUACUAAAUUCCAAAUGGGUUGGGGUCUGACAAGGACGCAAUGCCAGUGUAACGACAGUGCAUCGGCACGAGCGCAAGCUCCAUCAAAGCAGGUCCUCGCGGCAUGUCCUCCCAUCAUAACGGCGGUCAAGUCCACUUGCGGAGUAAAACGGAUGCUCGUUUCUAUCGUCAUCUUGAUCUUCUUGCUGGCCACUAUAUAUUGGGUAUCCUCGCGCCAGCAAGCGAACCCCGGCCAACGUCGACAAAUAAGAAUUCAACCUCAGGCUUCACGAAAUAUCGCAUCGGAACGUACCGAGGCUACGGAAAUGUCUGAGAGAUGAGGUAACGUAAACUAAUAAUUCUUUAAAAAAAAAAGAAAAGAACGUGCAGGAUAAUUUUGUAAAGGAGGUAGUUUGUAAGAAGAAAAAUCCUCACCUGUCGCAAUUUUCUUUUGACAUAUAAUUUUUUCAGCUCGAAAAGUGUCUUUAUAUUAAGAAAACGAUAAAAAUAAAUGUAAGAUAAUUUUUGUCAUUAUAGCUACAACUUUGAAGGCUACUCUUACAAUGAUAAUACCAGGCACGUUCCUUUACGUAACUAUUUUGGAAUUCAUCCUGAAAUUACCUUGAUAGACAGAGAUUUCAAGGAGUGAAUAAAAAAUAAAAAUUAAUCAAAUUAAUAGAAUGUAAGUUGCAAAUAAAUU